AUGGCUCCGAAGAAAGAUGCGAAUCCGAACAAAGUUGUUAUCAAAGACAGCGGACACGAGAAGAAGGCGACUCCUGCGGCGCCGACUCCGAAGGCCGAAGUGACUGCUCCGCCGCCAGCCGGAGGCUUCAAACUUAUGGACGAAGUGAGUUUCAUCCAACUGAUCCCCUGAUGUUUUCCGUCGGUUUCAGGUCGAAAUGCUACGUGCCGGAUUCAAAAACAAGCACGGAGAGGCUGUGAAAACUCAGGGACAGACGAUGAAUAUUGAACUAUAA